UAUGCUAAUGAUGAAUGCGAUUUCGGAGAGGGCUUGGAGCUUGGCUACUGGUUGUUUCUCGCUAAUCACCAAAUGCUGGAUAAAAUUGCGCAUCGUUUGCUGUCUACUGCCUAUACCUUGUUGAAAAGGAAUGAGUACAAAGCGAUUCUCGAUGCUCAGAUGGCCCCAGGUAUUCGGAGAAGAACUGAACUCGAUAUGCGGAAGCUAAGAGAAACGAGUUAG